AUGGGCAGGUUCUUGGACAAGGCAUGCACCAAAAUCCAAGACACAAAUACAAAGGAAAGUCCAUGGAGGCUUUGCACGGUAACCCAAGUAGAGCAGGUCAAAACCCUAAUUUCACUUGUCCCAGUCUUCGCAAGCACCAUCGUCUUUAACACCAUCUUAGCUCAGCUUCAAACAUUUUCGGUACAACAAGGAAGUUCCAUGAACACUCGUCUGUCAAAUUCCUUCCAUAUUCCUCCGGCUUCACUCCAAGCAAUCCCUUACAUAAUGCUCAUCUUCCUUGUCCCUCUCUAUGACUCUCUGUUCGUUCCUUUUGCGAGUAAGCUGACGGGACAUAGCUCAGGCAUUCCUCCAUUGACUCGGAUAGGAGUUGGACUGUUCCUCUCCACUUUCUCCAUGGUUUCAGCUGCCUUGCUUGAAAAGAAACGAAGAGACUCUUCGGUUCUUGACGGCAGAAUCUUGAGUAUCUUCUGGAUCACGCCACAGUUCUUGAUCUUUGGGAUCUCCGAGAUGUUUACUGCCGUUGGAUUAAUCGAGUUCUUUUACAAACAAACUACAAUGGGCAUGGAGUCAUUCUUGAUGUCUUUGACUUACUGUUCGUAUUCCUUUGGUUUUUACUUUAGCUCGCUGCUCGUUUCGCUCGUGAAUAAGAUUACUUCCACGUCUGCUGACUCCAAAGGGUGGCUCGGGGAGAACGAUCUGAACAAGGACAGACUCGAUCUGUUUUACUGGCUUUUAGCGGUUCUUAGUCUACUGAACUUUAUUAGCUAUCUCUUUUGGUCUCGUUGGAACAUUAAGUCUUUGAGAAACAACAACUCUAAUGUGGUGGGGGAUGAGAAAAUUUAG